CAAUGACCACAGAAGAAGGUUGCCAACCGCCGUUAAAAACCAAGAAGAAGAAGAACGGAAGAGGCGCGCGCUCUGGGUGAAAAUUUGAAUUACGAAAAGUGUACGCUGCCAGUGUCACCACAAUGGCUCAAGGUCACAAAUUUCAAGACUUGAAGGAGAUGGGGGAGGCGUUGGUGGACUACAUCAACAGCAGCCAACCUGACAAACUGAGAGAAGUGAUAGACGAACACCAGACCCUUUUUGAUCAACACAUAGAAACUAAAAAGAUUGUGACGCAGAUUUUAAAAGAUGUGGCUCAGAUUGAAGAGAGUGCAGGCCAGAGGCUGCUGGACAUGGAGGAGCAGAAGAAGCAAAGGGAGAUGGAGCUCCAGAGUCUGGAGGACCAGUUGAGGCAGUGCACAGCCAAGAGCCAGAUCACUGACUCAGAAUUACAGUUCCUGCAGAGAGAGUUGGAGAAUCUGAGAAACACUGAACACGAGCUCGAGACUCUUCAGAACGAAGUGGAUGAAGACACCACUGAGAUCAUCCCUUCAGCAGUAUAUGUCGCUCAGGUGUACUACCUGAUAACCAAGAUCAAGUGGGAAUAUGAUACAGAGCCCCGCACUUUGAAAGGAGUGCAUUACGGUGCAGACUUGGCCACUCCCAUCAACAUCGAUACCUCUAUGCAGUCUCGGAGUGACGUAAGCGACCAGCUGUGGGGCUUCGUCAGUCCUAAAUGGUAGAGGAAGUGUGGUGGUGUCAGAAAUGUUGUGUCUAUGAUUUCUGUCUGUCUGUUUAUUGUUUUCUUUUCUUCUAUACAUUUAUAUUGUUUAAUAAAUUAAAUUUCUCUGA